AUGUCACUUCAAGAUGCUGUCAAUGACAAGAUUUCUCAGGGUUUCUUGAUUCACAAUUUAGAGAGUUAUUUAGAGGCAGUGAAGAGGAUAUUUUGGUUAGAGGACAAGGUAAAUAUUAACUUAGCACCUGUUCAUCUAUCGACUGUGGUGAAGGAGGGUGAAACUGAAUGUCCAAUGAAAAGAGACCAGCAGAGACAAGGUAAAGAGCAAAAGGACAUUUGGAAGACAAGAAUGGCUGAGCAUCGGAUUGGGAUUCUAGCGAGCUUAUUUCUCCUUGAGGUUCUUCUCUUGGAUGCUGCAAAAAUCCUGACUAUAUCUACAGUUGGUGGAAGCCACUAUGUGGUGAUAAAUCAUGUGUCACAAAUUCUUCAAGACCAUGGCCAUAAUGUCACCAAUCUGCUUAAUGAAAAAUUUAUAAUCCCAGAAUUUAAAGUGGAGAAAAUAUCAUACCAGGUUAUAAACUGGCAUCUAUCUGAAGAUAAGCAAAAGGAAAUUGGUAAGAGAAGACAACUCCUUGUGAAGGAAUUAGUUCAUAACAGGUUUAACCAUCACACCAAUAUGAAGAUCUAUGAAUAUUUUGUGGACUUAUGCAGUCACUUAUUAAGCAGAAAGGACAUCAUGGACUCCUUAAGGAAUAAGAAUUUUGACCUGUUAUUUUUAGAUGCAACAGAUCCUUGUGUUUUCUUGAUUGCUGAGAAACUUGGGAAACAAUUUGUGGCCUUUCUUCCCACUCAUUUUAGCAUUAUAGACUAUGGGAUACCGCACCCUUUGUCUUUUGUUCCAGGAUUUGGUUCCAGUUUAACUGACCAAAUGUACUUCUGGGCCAGAGUGAAGAACUUCCUGAUGUCCCUUGAUUCAUCUGUGAAGCAAAGAGAAAUACUUUCUCAAUAUGACAGCAUCAUCCAGGAGCAUUUUGCCGAAGGCUCUCGGCCAAUUUUGUCUCACCUUCCACAGAAAGCAGAGUUGUGGUUUGUCAAUUCUGACUUUGCCUUGGAUUUUGCUCAUCCUAUGCUUCCCAACAUGGUCUAUGUGGGAGGUUUAACAGACAAACCUGUUAGAUCAAUACCUCAAGACUUGGAAGAUUUUAUCAUUAAGUUUGGAGACUCAGGUUUUGUCCUUGUGGCUCUGGGCUCCAUAGCAACCCUGCAUCAGACCAGAGAAUUAAUUAAGGAGAUGAACAGUGCCUUUGCUCACCUCCUUCAAGGGGUGAUGUGGACAUGUAAGGAUGCUCAUUGGCCUAAAGAUGUCAGUAUGGCUCCAAAUGUCAAAAUCAUGGAUUGGCUUCCACAGACUGACCUUUUGGCUCAUCCUAGAAUUCGUCUUUUUGUCACCCACGGGGGAAUGAAUAGCAUAAUGGAGGCCAUCCAGCAUGGAGUACCCAUGGUGGGGAUUCCUUUUUUUGGAGAUCAGGUUAAAAACAUGGUUGUAGUAGAAGCAAAAAAAAUUGGUGUUUCUGUUCAGCUAGAGACACUCAAGGCAGAGACAUUUACACAUACACUGAAAGAAGUCAUAGAAGACAAGAGGUACAAGUCUGCAGCAAUGGCUGCCAGGGCCAUCAGGCGCUCCCACCCCCUGACACCUUCCCAGCGUCUGGUGGGCUGGAUUGACCACAUCCUACAAACAGGGGGAGGAGCACAUCUCAAGCCCCAUGGCUUUCAACAGCCAUGGCAUGUGCAGAGCCUGCUGGAUGUCCUAGUGUUCCUGUUGGGGCUCACUGUGGGCACCUUGUGGUUGUUGAAGAAAAUGCUGGGCUUAUUGCUCAGGUCCCUGGGUGUGGCCAGGAAGGAAAAGAAGGACUAA